AUGCCUUCUCUUGCCGGGUACGAACAUCUCUCCGAAAGCCCCAAAGACAAGAAGGAGAAGAAGAAGAAGAUGAAGAGCGUCGAGACCCUGUUGCUCGACUCUUCAGUUGAUAGGAAGACCAAGAAAGAGAAAAAAUCAAAGGAGCCGAAAGCCAAUUCGAAAGACUCGGAGUCUGAUUCUGAAAAUUCGGAACAGAUUUGGUUGGAGAAGAAGAGUACUAAGAAGAAAGAGACGAAGCGCAAGGCGUUUGAAAUUGAUGAUGACGAGGAAGGGAAGAGUGACACAAGCUCAGAGUUGGUUGAACCGAUGAAUCUGAAGGUCGAGGAGGAGAAGACGAAGACGAAGAAAAAGAUGAAGUUGACCGAGGACGAUGAUGAUGUUGAGGAAGAGGAGAAUCCGAACGCCCUGUCGAAAUUCAGGAUUUCGAAGCCGUUAAAAGAGGCGUUGAAGUCUAAAGGGAUUGAGGCUUUGUUUCCUAUUCAAGCUAUGACCUUUGAUACCAUUUUGGAUGGUUCAGAUUUGGUUGGUCGGGCACGUACCGGUCAGGGGAAAACGUUGGCCUUUGUGUUACCCAUAUUGGAAUCUUUGACAAAUGGGCCUACGAAAGCAUCACGAAAGACUGGGUAUGGGAGAGCACCGAGUGUUCUUGUACUCUUACCAACUAGGGAAUUGGCUACUCAGGUGUUUGCUGACUUUGAAGUCUAUGGUAGGGAACUGGGUCUGAGUUCAUGUUGUUUAUACGGGGGUGCUCCUUACCAAUCUCAACAAAUUCAAUUGAAAAGGGGGGUUGAUGUAGUAGUAGGAACACCUGGCCGGAUUAAGGAUCACAUCGAGAGAGGAAACAUUGACUUCAGCUCAUUAAAGUUCCGUGUCCUUGAUGAAGCUGAUGAAAUGCUGAGGAUGGGGUUCGUUGAAGAUGUUGAACUUAUUCUAGGCAAGGUAAAGGAUGCAAGCAAAGUUCAAACACUCCUCUUUAGUGCCACGUUGCCAGAUUGGGUGAAACAUAUUGCAUCUAAGUUCCUCAAACCAGACAAGAAGACUGCAGACCUUGUUGGUAAUGAGAAAAUGAAGGCUAGUAUUAAUGUGAGGCAUAUUGUUCUUCCCUGCUCGGCUUCAGCCAGAUCCCAGCUUAUUCCUGAUAUCAUUCGCUGUUAUAGCAGUGGAGGCCGCACUAUUAUUUUCACCGAGACAAAGGAUUCUGCUUCUCAACUUGCUGGCUUAUUGCCUGGGGCACGUGCCUUACAUGGCGACAUACAACAGUCUCAACGUGAGGUCACACUUUCUGGGUUCAGAUCAGGGAAGUUCCUGACAUUAGUGGCCACAAAUGUAGCUGCACGGGGAUUGGACAUUAACGACGUCCAGUUGAUAAUCCAGUGUGAACCACCACGGGACGUCGAAGCAUAUAUUCAUCGAUCAGGGCGGACUGGGAGAGCAGGGAAUACGGGUGUUGCUGUAAUGCUUUAUGAUCCAAGGAAAUCAAAUUUUUCUAAGAUAGAAAGAGAAUCUGGCGUGAAAUUUGAGCAUAUAUCUGCUCCUCAGCCGGCCGAUAUUGCUAAAGCAGCUGGUGCAGAGGCAGCAGAAACAAUCACCCAAAUCUCUGAUAGUGUUAUUCCGUCCUUUAAAGCUGUUGCUGAGGAGCUACUGAAUACCUCCGGUCUAUCACCAGUGGAACUGCUUGCAAAGGCACUUGCCAAGGCUGCUGGAUAUACCGAGAUCAACAGUAGGUCACUCCUCACUUCCAUGGAGAACUAUGUCACAGUACUUCUUGAGGCUGGAAGACCCAUCUACACACCAUCCUUUGCUUAUGGUGUCUUGAGGAGGUUUUUACCUGAAGAGAAAGUCGAGUCAAUUAAGGGCCUUGCUCUGACUGCUGACGGAAAGGGGGCCGUGUUUGAUGUGUCUGAUGAGGAUUUGGACACAUUCCUUGCUGGCCAGGAAAAUGCUGCUGGUGUGAGCUUAGAGGUGGUGAAAUCAUUGCCACGCUUGCAAGAGAGAGACCAGUCAAGAGGGGGAAGAUUUGGAGGUGGUGGUCGUGGUGGUUUUUCUGAUAGGAGAGGUGGCAGUGGUGGUAGGUUCUCUGGAGGAAGAGGUGGGAGAGGAGGUUUUUCUGACCGACGAAGUGAUAGAUUUUCCAAAGGUCCUACUGGAGGGAGAGGACGUGGCAACAACCACAACAAAUGGUGAAGAGCUCUGAAACUGUUACGUAAUGUACAGUAAUCAACGGAGCUUUGAGAGGCCUAACAAUUUUGUGGUAACGAAGAACAUGUUUGGUUUUACUUAGAAAACUAUAAGGUUAGGUUUGCCAAUUAUAGGUGAUUUUUCCUUCUUCUGUUCUAUUGAAUUGUUUUAUCUUUUUGUCUGAUUGUAUGGGGGGUUUUUCUAUGCACCAUAUAUUGGUUUUUCAGAUCGCUGAGGAAAACUAAACAAAGAGGGUAAUUGUAGUAUGAGUUCUUCAUUAGCAGCUUACUUGUGCUCUCACUCCUUUGUUUGUGUUCAUCUUUUUUGAAUUUUUUGGGCCAGUCACAUGUCAUUUGGAUUGGU